GCGUCAUUCAUCAGAAUGUAAACACCACACACAGCUCGGGUGGAAACUUUGAAAGAUUGUAAUUACAGGCUGUUCAUCAACACACUGGAGGAAAGAUGAAUGUUGGAGCAGGGAGAGGUGAAGGAGGUUCCUGGAGAGGAGGUAGAGGAGGAGGAGGAGGUUCCUGGAGAGGAGGUAGUGGAGGAGGUUCCUGGAGAGGAGGAGGAGGAGGUGGUUCCUGGAGAGGAGGUAAUGGAGGAGGUGCCUGGAGAGGAGGUAAUGGAGGAGGUGCCUGGAGAGGAGGUGGUGGAGGAGGUUCCUGGAGAGGUAACAAAAGCGCAGAGUCUGGUGGAGGUGGAGGAAGAUAUAAUGGAGGAAAAAACAGAGGCUGGAGAGGUCGUACUUGGGGAAGAGGAGGGGGAAGUUAUUCACCCAACAACACACAACGUGGUGCACAGAGUUCUUCACCAGUUCCUCGUGCAACCCAAGCAACACUUGACAUAACAUGCCCUUACAAAGGAUGGAGGCUGUACUUUACAGAAGGUUUUAUUGAAUCUUCACCUUUUGUUGAGAAGAUAAAGACAUUUGAAAAAUUCUUCACUUCACAAAUAGAUCUUUAUGACAAGGAUGAAAUUGAAAGAAAAGGCAGUAUCUUGGUGGACUACAAAGACUUGCUUGUGAACAAACAGAUCUCCAUAGCAUUACCUGAUCUUGCUCGUGAGCUGAAAGACAUGCCUGAAAAGAUACUUGACUGCUUGGGCCUCGCCAUUCAUCAGGUGCUGACAAAGGAUCUGGAAAAGCAUGCUGAUGAGCUACAAGCCCAGGAAGGGCUUCCUGCAGGCGCAACCCCCAUUAUUAACAUACCACACAUAAAUGCAAGGAUUUAUAACUAUGAGCCUCUCACCCCUUUGAAGAUGCUCAGAGCCAAUUUAUAUGGCAAGUUUGUGGCUAUUCGAGGGACUGUGGUGAGAGUGAGCAACAUCAAACCUCUUUGCAGCAAGAUGGCGUUCGUCUGUAACAUGUGUGGAGACACUCAGAGUCUGGCUCUGACUGAUGGGAAGUACAUUGUUCCCACUAAGUGUCUACAACGAGAAUGUCGUGGCCGAACUUUUACCCCAAUCAGAAGUUCACCACUAACGCAGACAGUCGACUGGCAGACUAUAAAGGUUCAGGAGCUGAUAUCAGAUGACCAGCGUGAAUCAGGACGUAUUCCUCGGACCAUCGAGUGUGAACUCACUCAGGAUUUGGUGGACAGCUGUGUACCAGGAGACAUGGUCACCAUCACAGGAGUUAUUAAAGUCUCGAAUGAGGAAGGGUUUGGAAGAAAUAAAAAGGACAAGUGCAUGUUCCUUUUAUACAUAGAAGCAAACUCUCUCAGUAACUCAAAAGGGCAAAAAAACAAGUCUGCGUCUGAACCUGAAGGCCAGGAGACAUCGGUAGAGUUUUCGCUCAAGGAUCUGUACGCCAUCCAGGAGAUUCAGGCACAAGAGGACCUCUUUAAGUUAAUUGUCAAUUCUCUUUGUCCAGCCAUCUUUGGACAUCUGCUUGUUAAGGCAGGAUUAGCCCUGGCUUUAUUUGGAGGCUGUCAUAAAUAUGUGGACGAUAAGAAUCGAAUCCCUAUAAGAGGAGACCCACACAUGCUUGUUGUAGGAGAUCCUGGACUUGGCAAAAGUCAAAUGUUACAGGCAGUAUGUAACGUCGCCCCACGUGGUAUCUAUGUUUGCGGAAACACCACCACCACCUCAGGCCUGACCGUCUCUCUGUCGAGGGACAGUGGCUCUGGUGACUAUGCGCUGGAAGCUGGAGCUUUAGUGUUAGGAGAUCAAGGUAUCUGCUGUAUUGAUGAAUUUGAUAAGAUGGGGAAUCAGCACCAAGCCUUGUUGGAAGCUAUGGAGCAGCAGAGCAUAAGUUUGGCCAAAGCUGGAAUUGUCUGUACUCUUCCAGCUCGCACCUCCAUCAUUGCAGCAGCUAACCCAGCAGGAGGACAUUACAAUAGGGCUAAGACAGUAUCUGAAAACCUGAAAAUGGGCAGUGCUCUGCUAUCCAGAUUUGAUCUGGUAUUUAUUCUUCUGGACACUCCCAACGAGGACCAUGACCACAUGCUGUCAGAACACGUCAUGGCUAUGCGUGCAGGGAGGAAAGGCAUGAUUAGUGGUUUGACAGCCACCAGGGGCUGCACACUGGAGUCCAACAUAUCCAUUCUGGAAAUUCCCUCAGACAAGCCUCUAUCAGACAGACUGAAGGUUCUUCCUGGAGAGACAUUUGACCCAAUUCCAUACCAGCUGCUGCGGAAGUAUGUAGGCUACGCCCGGCAUUAUGUGCACCCCAGUCUCUCAGUCGAAGCUGCUCAGGUCCUACAGGACUUCUACCUGGAACUGCGCAAGCAGAACCAGUCAGCUGACAGCACCCCAAUCACAACUCGCCAGCUCGAGUCCCUCAUCCGGCUCACCGAGGCAAGGGCACGUCUUGAGCUUCGAGAAAAAGCGACUCAAAGUGAUGCAGAGGACGUAGUAGAGAUCAUGAAACACAGUCUGACGGAUACCUACUCGGACGAAUUUGGCCGGCUGGAUUUUGACCGAUCUCAGCUCGGGUCUGGGAUGAGCAACAGAUCGAAAGUCAAGAAGUUUGUUGCUGCUUUGAACCAAAUCUCUGAGCGCACCCACAAAACCUUGUUUGAAUUUCAGGACCUGCGACAGCUGGCGAAAGACCUCCAAGUUCAGGUCGUUGAUUUUGAAGGCUUUAUCAGCGCACUCAACGAGCAAGGCUACCUGCUAAAAAAAGGACACAGAACGUACCAGCUGCAAACCAUAUGAAUGAAACCGUCUUUCAAUACUUUUGAUACUGUUUUUAUCCAUUCUUGUUCUCUGUAGGUAUCUUGUUUUACUACGUAUGUUUACAGAUACAUAUUUAUAAAAAUGUUUUAAUCUAUUUGAGAACUCAUUGUAUAGUAUAUUCUGACAUAUAUAAAUUAUUUAUGGAUAUACACUCAGUGGCUCCUUUAUCAAGUACACCCAACACUCUGACCAUUUUAUUAGAUACAUGUACUAUACAGGUACAGUUUGCAGGUCCAGGAUUACUGAUUGCAGCCACUCUGUUUUUGUGCAGUUCGUCAGCCCUAUCUGUUAUGUCCAGGGAAAACAGAUAGAAGUCACUACAGCAGUGACGCAUGGUUUUGUGUAUGUUGCUGGUAUGAGUGGAUCAGGUGCAGCAAUGCUGGUGGGAUUUUUGACCGCUUUGUCACUGCUCGGUUGAGAAUAGUCUAACUAAUAAAUAAAUAUUCAUCCACCAGUGGAGCAGUAGUUAUUAACACACUCUGAUUGAAAGGAUUAACUGUACACCAACCCAGUCGUAGUGUCUAAUAAAGUUGCUAGUAAGUAUAGUGUUUAAAACUGCUGCAAUGCUUCUACGUCUGACCUGCUUUACCAGUCUCAUGUACAGUACAUCACCAUGUCCGUGUCAAUACUGUACCAAAUAUAGUCCCCUUCCCAAAUAAUAUCUGGUCAGUAUGGUCCCUUUCAAUUGGUAGACAGGUAGAAAGGGUCUGACAAAUUGAUCUUAGCAAGAGCUAGGCAACAGCUCAGGUUUAUAAUCCUGAUAUUGGAGUAUCCCCUGUCCUGCAUAUAGUGCUUUUCCCUGCUUUAACUUCCAUUUCAAUUCAGGACGGGCUGCUAAAUAGCUGAUAAGGUGUGUUAGUGUAGGAAAUGCACUAAAAUGUCUAAGACAGGGGGAACUCCAGGACCAGGGCUGGAAACCUGUGGGUUACAAUCAGCAAUUUUAAAGUUUACAAUGUGGUCAAUGUGGUAGGUGUAGCUUUAAAAAUGGACCAACAUUAUUUUGUUCCAAUAUUCCAUGUUACUGCAAAAUAAAUAAAGAAAGAAAAUUGUCAUGGAUACUGCC